UGAGAGCGUUGCUGUGCCUCUCCGCUCGGGGUCGCUGUGUCUCUGUCAGGUCGUGUAGCUCCGCCCCUUAAACUCGGAAAUACAACACGGCCGUUUGCCGAAGUUCCUCCUCUUCAGCCACCGCCAUUGUGGGGCAAGGAUUGUGUGUCUAGAAUGGCGUCACACAAGACUUUCAGGAUUAAACGCUUCUUGGCCAAGAAGCAGAAGCAGAACAGACCAAUCCCUCAGUGGAUCCGCAUGAAAACCGGCAACAAGAUCAGGUACAACUCCAAGCGCAGACACUGGAGAAGGACAAAGCUCGGCUUGUAAGCUCAGUACUCGCCUCUUCAGCUUUGACUACAUCUGCACCCUGCAAGCAUCACCACCUCUGCCCAGAUGUUUGGAGAGAUCAUCUGUUAUGUGGAUCAGAAAUCUCUUUUGUACAGAUACUCUGAAAAUGCCCUUGGUAAACAAUAAAUGAUAACACCAUGAA